AAUCUGGGAUGUCUGGUCUGACGAAGCCGCCAUUUCAAAGCGUAUAAGAGCUACGAAAGCAGUUGGAAAUUUUGUACAUUUUUUAUUUUUCUAAUAUAUUGUUUAUUUUUCUUAGCAAAUAGGAAAUUAUAUUACUUUUUGAAUCUACCUCGCGUGCAUCACCAACUGAAAUGGAUGCAGACACAGAAGAAAAGAUGACAGAAACUUCAAAAAUGUCCAAGGAUGAAUCUGAGAAACCUGUAAUUAACAACAAAGCUAGGGGUCGUGGGUUUAGAGGCCGUGGUCGAGGGGGUCGGAUGAGUCGAGGCGUCAUGCGUGGUGGGCGGGGUAUGAUGAAAGGGUUUGGUCCACCUGGACAUGGGAGAGGUCGCCUGAAAGAUGGAGCCAUGAAUGGAUUUGCACCCAUGAGAGGAAUGAGGAGGAUGCGACCUUACCCGGAUCUAAGAGGUCAUCGAGGUAGGGGUGGACCAAUGGGCAUGGGCCCUCCUCCUCCUCCUCCACCACCCCCUCCCAUGCACCUCAGAGGCCCCUUCCCACCCAUGACCAGGCACGGACCCCCACCACCCCCCCCUCCAGGUCAUCCUGGUUUUAGAGGGCGUCCACCACACCCUCGAGGCUGUGGCAUGCCACCCCCUGGACCUCCACGCCACUUCCACCCGAGAGGCCCGAGAGGGGGGGCACACAGUACAGUUAACCUCCCAGGCCCCAGGAACCCAGGCCCUCCCUCACAUCUAUCCCCUCCUUCACCAGCGGCGUGACACCUGAGGUCCGGCACUUCACUUGAAAAGGUGAGCCUCCUCUUGUGUCUUAAUAUCUAAACCCCUCCCUCACUGAUGCCUGGAGGUUCUCUUUUCAGGAUGGAAGUUGUAACGACUACGGAGUCGUACCAAACAUGGUGAUGCACAGAGGACUAUGGGUUCAUAGAUUAUGGUACUUAAUGUUUUCUUAAUGGCUCCAAACAAUAAAACGUGGUUUGGAAGAUUCUUGCUCGACUUAUGUAUGGAAAUACAUAUGUACUGUAGGGGCAUGCAGGGAAAUGCACGAAAAGACAGCUCUAUAAAUCAGUAUUGUUGCACUAAUAACUGGCAUGAAGAAAUUUUACAUGUCACAGUAGGAAAAGCACAGGCGUGAAUAAUUACAUUUGGGUGAUUGAAUUCCAUUUAGCAUUUAGCCACAGUUUCAGGGGCCUGUUUCUGCUGGUGAACAUAAACUUACAAUGUAUCAUCAGAGGUUAACUAGUUUCCAAACCAUUAUCAUGGUGUGUUUGUGUGUAGUUAAGUGACAGUUCUCUAAAUACACUCUCAGUGAAUAUAACCAUCAAGAUACUGGAAUGGAUGGAAUCAAGCCAUUGAUACAAGUGGCUCAUUGUUUUACUGUGUUAAAGGUAUGCUUUUGUGCGAUUAGUGAGUAUACUGAAUAAAAAUUGUAUAAAGUAUAAUUAUAUCUUACAAUAAUUAAUUUAUAGUGAUGUAUGAAUCUCAAAUUAACUUUAUUUAUAUAAUAUAUAACCAUCUAAAAAAGUGGAUGUGGACAAGCUUCAUAUAUAAACUUUGUCUGGUGGACGAAACAUAUUUAGGAUUAAGGUUGCGGGGACCACAAAGGUCAAUUUCUGUGCAUCUUGCUGAGGUUUUCAAACCCGCAGUAUCUAGACAAAACCAGAAGUAAAAGUACUCGAGUCAGGUUUAGAGUUUUGAUAAUGUAAAUGUAAUAAUGUCAAUACCUAUGUAACCAUGGUAGGUACAUUAAGUAAGGCUAAGUAGGCACAGAAUUGAUGGUCAAGGAAAGGAAAAUUUAAAUAUAUAAUGAAGACAAUGGUUUUAUCCAUCCAUUUAAUAUUGAGUCUCCUUGCU